CUACACAGGAGAGUAAACCAAGACUUUUUUAUAUUUGGCUUUGAAUAAUGCUGUCACCACAGAUGUUCCACAGAAUCUUAGCAGUGGCUCUUUUCCUGCUCCCCUACUGUGCUCGAGGUAACCCAGCACACAAGUUUCCAGUGCCCGGUUUCAGGAUCUUACCUGAAAAUGGGAUAGCUGAAGGCUUUAUAUCAGGCUUCAAAUCACUUCCUGGCAAAGAAAUGGGAGAUGUUAUCCUUCAAUUAGAAGAUCGGAUUUCCAAACUUGAAAGAGUCCUCCACUUGGAAGGAAUAAUAACAGCAUCUGAAGGAAAAAUAUUUGCUACCAAUGGGAAAACAGCCGAUUUCCACGCUACAGUGAAAAAAUGUGGAGAGGCUGGGGGUUCUAUUGCCACUCCAAGGAAUGCAGGCGAGAAUGAUGCCAUUCUGUACUUUGUGAAACAGUUCAAUAAGUACGCCUACCUAGGGAUAAAGGAAUCUCUAAUUCCAGGCAAAUUCCAGUUCCUGGAUGGUGCUGAACUGAGCUAUACCAACUGGCAUCCAAACGAGCCUUCUGGCAAAGGGGAAGAGGAGUGCGUGGAGAUGUACACUGAUGGUACUUGGAAUAACAAAAAGUGCAACCAGAAUCGCCUUAUUGUCUGCCAGUUCUAGUGCUCCCUCCUGCUGCUGUCUGGCAGGGUCCCUGGAAUUGUUUUUCCCAUCCCUUGUUUCUUCAUUUGUAGCUAGUGAACUAAGAUAACAGCAUGAAAAAAUAAAAGUUACUUUCCCAGCC